AUGCAACGUGUGAUGAGUAUGGCAGCACAGAUGGGCGUCAGUGCAAAUGAGGCUAUUGUCAUUGGCAUUUCGCAGCGAACUGUGCAACAGAACCCUGGAGGUGCCACUGGGAAUCUCUCGCCUAAUCGUCGAGUCCGUCGACAAGCAGCGUCCAUGAGAGCCUCGAGACCAGCUCGGACAUCUACUCGGGCGCCAGCUUCAGAAGAGACUGGAGUCACUGAUCCUGCAACUGAUCCUGCAGCAGCAGUACCCACUAGCGACCCGGCAGCUGAUCCAACAUCGCCAUCUAAUGGCACCGCAACUGACCCUAACGCUCCCACUGAAACACCCGCUGACACCGCGACUCCUCCUGAUCCAGCCGCCUCGACUCCAUCUGUAGAUGGCGGUUCUACAACAAAUACCCCACCUCAGGAUCCUAACAACCCCGCAGCCACUCAGCUGCUUCUUAACCCAACUUUCCAAGCGGUAAAUGGCCCGACAGCAUUCGAUCCCGCGACAGGCCGCGUGAUGGUUGCAGUCAAUCAGAUUGAUGGAGAAUUCAUCAUCACCAUGCAGAAGUCAGCCAGCGCAGGCCUGGCUCCUCAAGGAGGCAAUGGGACAGCAGGAGCCGGCGGCGCUACCGGUGAGCCUCAAAGCGCAUCGAGUACAUCAGGUCUCUCGAGUGCCGCAUCUGGUCAAGGAGGAAUAACAUUCACCAUGGCUGAGUUGACAUCACUCAUGGAGCAACAGAGAAUGGGCAGUGCAGGAUUGGCCAUAACAAUGAUGCAGGCAGCCAGCGGUGGAGUACCAAUUUGA